GAAGACCUCAACCAAAAAAGGGUGCCCUGAGUGGUCCAAUGGUUCGGGAGAAGGCAAAGCGUCUUUACGCUCAUUUUAGAGAACUUGAUGAUAGUUGUUGUGUUGAAUGUACAGAUGGAGGAUUUCAAGCAUCGAAAAUUUAAGGUGAGACAAUCCUUGCAUAACAUUAAAAUCGUUGGAGAAGUAGCAUCUGCAGACACUGCUGCAGCAAAACGAUAUCCAGAAGAAUUUGUAAGCCUAGUAACUGGUGAAGGAUACAAACCUGGGCAAGUGUUUAAUGCAGACGAAACUGCACUGUUUUCGAAGAGAAUGCCAAACAAAACAUUCAUUUCUAAAAGUGAAAAGCCUGCUCCUGAAUUUAAGGCAACAAAGAAUAGAGUUACACUGGUGCUAUGUUCUAAUGCAUUUGGGGAUUGUGACAGUGUUUUGACGGGCUAAUAAGAAAACGUAGGUUACAAGCGCUAUUUUUUGUGAAUGGUUUCGGAAUUGUUUUGUUUCUGAAA